UUCAGUCUAUGUUCCAAGCACAAUUAGGCUUUCAUCUCUCUCUCUCUCUCAUACACAUAUUCAAGUGUGUUGUAAAAGAUUGAUCUUUUUGGGAUCACUAGAAAGAAGAAAGAUAGAAUCACUUGUUUGGAUUUUUCUUCUUUAUGAUGUUCUGUAGGGGCCCCCUCCUGAUUGUAUGUAUAUAUGCAAUCAUUCUGAUUUAGGCUUUCAUCAUCUUUCUCUCUUUCUUUCUUUGUCUAGUUCAAGAACAAACCAUGAUCAUGAUGAAUGGAAGAUUGUGUAGGUUUGUUAUGAUAAUGAUGUGUUGUAUAAUUAUGAGAGUAAUUAGCAGCAGCAGGCCUUUUGGACCAACUGAUAGCCCUCCAAUCUCCGUCCCUCCAAAACAAGGCACAAAAACACACAUUACUUCUUCUCAAUUUAGCAUGCCCUCCAAAUCAGUGUCAAGUUCAAGAUUUUCCACAAAGGAUGGAGAUGUGAUGAAGAAUGAAGAUGAGAGAUAUGGAAGAGGGAUUGAAAACAGGAUUGGAUCAAGACCACCAAGUUGUGAACACAAGUGCUUUGGGUGUAGCCCAUGUCAACCCACCCAAGUGCCCACAAUCAGCCUCCACUAUACAAACUAUGAGCCUGAGGGUUGGAAAUGCAAGUGUGGGCCCUCUUUUUAUAGCCCAUGAUUAUUAUUAUUAUUAUUAUGGUUUAGCUACAUAACUAGGUUUCGUAAAACACCAUGUAUUUAUUUAUGAUGAAUAUCAUAUUCUCCGCGAGUUCGAAUGGAACCAUUUGGACUCGGGCUUGAGCCCAAGACAUGUGAAAUAAAAAUUUAAAUAUGGACUCGGGCUGUUGGGUUAAUCAUUUAUCCAUUUAACAAUGCAACUUGCAAACAAGCAAGCCGGCCAGCUAUGUCAUUUAUUUAUAUAAUUCGAUUAGCUCGAGAAAUAUUCAAUUUAUGUUGUAAUAAGUUAAUUACCGAUGAGUUACAAGAAAUGGAUUAUUUAUCGGUCCUAAUAACCCAAAUAGCCUCAUUUGUUUACGUCAUGUAUCAAAAAUGAACCCGGCGAUAUUAAAGAAGGAACUCAAGACACUAGGAUUCAGUUUUGUGUAAUGAGAUGUAAUGUUGUUGUGGGUAUUGGGUGUAAGUUAUAUGUGCUAGCUCCUGGCUAGUGAUUUAUUUAAUGAAAGUUCGCCAUUAAAAAAA